AUGAAGUACGGCGAGCAGCUCGAACGCGAGUCUGCACCACAAUGGAGUCUUCAUAACCUCGAUUACAACUCCCUCAAGCAUGAAAUCAAGAUGCACACCACCCGCGACCAGGCAACCGCCAUGGUCAUUCCCGGCUACGAGGAUCCCGCCCUCGCCAAGUUUGAAAAUGCCCUCUUCGCUGAGCUCUGCCGCCAGCACGACCGUGUUGACCUCUUCGUCUCCAGCAAGGCCGACGAGAUUCUGCGUCGCAUGCAGCACCUCCAAGCCAACACACACCGAUGGAUUCAAAAGUACGACGAAGAACCUCCCUGCCGUAACCUCGCCAUGAAGCGCCAGCGACGCCUCGCCAAGUACGAGCGCGGGCUCCUCCACUGCGGUGACGACAUUUACGCCCUCGAGCGCUUCUGUAAGGCGCAGGUCACGGCCUUUCGUAAGAUACUAAAAAAGUACAAGAAAUGGACCGGUUCAACUACCCUCCACGCCCGCUUCAAUGACCAGGUCCUCUCCAGCCUCAAGAGCUUUACCCGCCGCGACUUUGCCCCCCUCCGCGAACGCCACUCCGAGAUCCUCGCCGACCUGCGCAAUGCCGCUCCCGCCCUCAGUGAACCUAGCUCUCCAUCCUCGGUCGAACUGCCACCCUCGCCCGUCAGCUCCGCCACCCGGGUCUCCCGCGUCAGCUUCGAUCCCCUACCACCCGCCGCCGCCGCCCCAGCGCCACCGCAACAUAAGUACUGGAACGAGUAUGAUGAUGGAAGUGAUGCCGGCGACGAGGGCUACGCCAUCUACAUCAACCCCGACGAAGACUCAACCUUUCCCGGCAUGGGCUAUGUUAACGCCAUUGUCACCAUGCCCUACGAAAAGAUUCGAGCCUGGUUCAAGCUCCGGGACAAGCGGGAGCGCCACCCGCUGCUCAGCGACGACCGGUCCGCCUGUGGUGGCGGCUACUCGUCCGCCGGCCAUGCCGACUCGGACGAGGAGGCCGGAUACUCUAGCUCUGACGGUAUUCCCACCGAGGGCUACUCGAUGCACUACGCCACGUUUCCCAGCAUCAAUGAGCAACAGAUCCGUCAGUACCGCGAGCGGGUGCUCUUCUGGGGCACCAUUGCCUCCUUUACGGCCGCAUACAUCCUCAUGGGCGUCGCCGCCAUCCUCAUUUCUACCGGAAAGCGCAAGCUGCGCGUCGAGGUUGAUGUCGGUGUCAGCGUCGGCGUCAUGGUCAGUCUGUUUUGCUCCUGCGCUGGUCUCGGCAUGACACUGUAUCGGCGCGAGACACCCGCCCUCAUGACCCGCCUCGCCGUGUGGCUGUCCUUUACCGCGUCGUGUUUGAUCAACGGCAUGCUGUUGAUUCUCGUCGUGGGUAACACACCAUGA